UCGAUAAGCGCGCGCCCUAGCGCCAUGGAGCUGAUUCAAAUGCUGUCAAUGCAGGCCCGCGGCGAGGGCGAGCAGCCGAUGGGAUUGCUUCUGCGGCUUCUUUCACUCUGGAUCUUGCUUCUAGGUCUAGCCCGGGCGCGGCCUCUGGAGAUCUUCUCGCAUCAAGCCUUCCCCGUCGUGGAGCCAGAUCCGGGUCACACAAAGCUCGCAAUCUCAAAACAAGGACUGGAGCUCAUCUCAAGCAUAAAGAAUCCAAUUUCCGUGGUUGCGGUCAUAGGUCCCUAUCGAUCGGGAAAAUCAUUUCUUCUAAACCAGCUUCUAUCUCUCACUUGCAAUGAAGGAUUUGGAGUUGGACACUUGCGAGACACGCAGACUCGCGGCAUCUGGCUAUGGGGAGAACCCAUGGAGUUGACAAUUGGCAACUCGGUCACGUCUGUCCUCUUUAUGGAUACGGAGGGAUUCGAAAGCAUAGGAAAAUCAAAUGUCUACGAUGACAGGAUUUUCGCUCUAGCAGCAUUACUUAGCUCAGUUCUUAUUUACAACCUUCCGGAGACGGUCAGGGAAGCAGACAUCUCCAAACUUUCUUUUGCAGUGGAAUUGGGCGAGGAGUUUUAUGGCCGUGUGAAGGGACAUGCAGCCUCGUUCGAACCGUCAAAACUUCUUUGGCUCAUUCAGCGAGAUUUCCUUGAGGGAAAAACUGUACAAGAAAUGGUGAGGGAGGCUCUUCAACCGGUUGUUAAUCCCACCGGAGACAAAGACAUUGAUCAGGUCAAUCGCAUUAGAGAGUCUUUGAGUUUGAUGGCACAAAACAGCACAGCAUUUGGCUUACCGCAGCCUCACCUUCAUCGCACCAAACUAUGUGAGAUGGACGACUCCGAUCUUGAUCCAGAAUACAUCAAACAGCGUGAGAGCCUAAAGGAACUCUUGCGUUCCAUGAUACGGCCUAAGGUGGUGCAAGGGAAAACAGUAACUGGCAAGGAGUUUGCAGCUUUUCUCGAGCAGACGCUGGAAGCUUUGAACGAAGGAGAAUUCCCUUCUGCAGGCUCUGUUGUUGACUCGUUCAAUCGAGUGGUCAUCGACCGAUGCAUGAAAGCUUACAACGAGGAUCUUUCAAAGCUCAAGUUGCCGAUGCCGGAACAGUCGGUUGAAGAUUUUCAUCAAACGACAGCUGCCAAAGUUAUGUUGAUGUUCGAUAAGGCGCGAUUUGGUAGGCGCCGCGGCGAUGGAGCCCUCCAUCUGAUGGAAAGUGAACUAAGUAAGGCUUAUGCUCUAUUAAAAACCGAUAACGACUACGCAUCCUCGAAGAAAUGUGACCGGCACUACACUCUAUGCGAAAACAAGAUUGAAGAGAUGCAAGACUUGCGGCUGCCUUCAAUGGCAAAGUUCACAGCCGGCUUGAAAGAGUGUAACCAGACGUUCGAGCUUAGCUGUAUGGGUCCUUCCAAACCAUCCUAUCGCGAGAGGCUGUCAAAGAUGAUGCUAAGGACGAAAUCUCACUUCGUCGACAACUAUAACCAGAAGCUCUUCAACUGGCUCGUGGUUUUCUCGCUCGUCAUGGUGGUCGUUGGCCGCUUCGUCGUGAAGUUCUUACUGCUCGAAGUGGCCGCAUGGGGACUGUUCGUGUUCUUGGAGACUUACACGAGGAUUUUCUGGUCGGCGGAGCUGCUGUAUUACAAUCCAGUGUGGCAAACGAUUGUCGCAGUCUGGGAGACGACAGUUUAUAGCCCAAUCUUAGACAUGGACAGGUGGUUGAUACCUCUAGCUUGGUUGGCGCUUUUAGCAGUGAUCUAUUGGCGAUUUCGGAGGAGAAAGAGAGCUGCCGCUUUGCAGUCACGAUUGCGUCACAUGGUAUGAGCUCACAGUUUCGUUUACUAUCUUCCUGGUGGUCGUUGGGGCAUGGCAUAUCCCCUGAGAGCUAUCACACUUUUUUCUCCUUAAGUUUUGUCAAUGACGUAAUCGAUUUGAUAUAUUUUCUGCAAACACCAUGACACUCUCAUUUUCAUA